AUUUAACUUGAUAAAUGGCUGCUUCCAGCUGCGAAUUUUGCAUGUUUUCUUGCAAGUGCGUUGAGAUAAGCGAGUGAUAAGCGGUGGCGGCCGCGACCAAAGAGCAGACCGGCCCCGGACAAGAUCGGACGAACCAAAUGCCAGCGUCUGUGUGCUAAAAUACCGACCGAAUGUCGACACACAAGCCCGGCGGGCCGCCCGGCCGCAAACGGGUGCAGGUUUCCUUCGUGAUUCGAGACGAGGUUGAGAAAUGCCACCGGUCCGGGAUCAAUUCCCUGCAGUACGACCCGCAGCAGCAGCGUCUUUUCUCGGCCGGCCGAGACUCCAUCAUCCGCAUCUGGAACACCAAGAACUCCAAAGAUCCCUAUGUUCAAUCGAUGGAGCAUCACACCGACUGGGUCAACGAUGUCGUCCUUUGUUGCGGUGGAAAAAACCUGAUAUCUGCAAGUUCUGAUACAACUGUGAAGGUGUGGAACGCUCACAAGGGUUUCUGCAUGUCAACCUUGCGGACCCAUAAGGAUUAUGUUAAAGCCUUGGCUUAUGCCAAAGAUAGAGAGCAGGUAGCUUCUGCUGGCUUCGACCGUGCAAUUUUCCUCUGGGACGUCAACACUCUUACAGCCUUGACUGCCAGCAAUAAUACAGUGACCACCUCCUCGUUGACCGGAAACAAAGACUCUAUUUACAGCCUGGCGAUGAAUUCCUCGGGAACUGUGCUGGUCAGUGGCAGCACUGAAAAAAUCCUCAGAGUUUGGGAUCCAAGAUCCUGUGGAAAGCUAAUGAAGCUUAAAGGUCACACGGACAACAUAAAAGCACUUGUUUUGAGCAGAGAUGGAACACAGUGUUUGUCUGGCAGCUCUGACGGCACUAUCAAGUUGUGGUCCAUUGGCCAGCAGCAGUGCAUUACCACCUUAACCUGCCACCAAGAUGGUGUAUGGGCUCUGCAGGCACCCGAUUCUUUUAACUAUGUGAUUUCUGGCGGCCGUGACCGCAGAGUUUUCAUCACCGACUUGAAACAGACUGACAGGCAGGUGCUGGCCUGUGAGGAUAAAUAUUCCGUCCUCAAGGUUGUGGCCAAUCCUGACCAGCAAUCCAUGUGGGUGGCAACGACUGAUUCAACCAUCAAAAAUUGGACCCUUCCUGUAAAAGAUGGCAAUUUGGUGGUGGAAGAACCAGUAGCAGAAGGCAGCAGCCCUAAGGCACUCUACGAGGCACCUGAACAAGAAAUCAAGGGUGGACCAGCCAUAAUAGAAUAUAACGUGUUGAACGACAAGCGAUAUGUUCUUACCAAGGACACUGAAGACUGCGUCUGUCUGUAUGACGUACUUAGAGCCAAGAAAGUGGAAACCUUGGGAAGUAUAGACUUUCAGCAAGAGGUUACUGAGCGCUCUAAAAAACGCGUCUAUGUCCCAAACUGGUUCAACGUUGACCUCAAAACAGGGAUGUUGACCAUCCAUUUGUGUCAAGAGGAAAACGACUGUUUCUCGGCGUGGGUUUCGGCAAGAGAGGCUGGUUUCUCUCAGUUCGAGUCACCCGACUCUGUUGACCAAAAAGUCAAUUACGGCUCUCUAUUGCUUCAAGCACUGCUUGAGCACUGGUGGCGUCCCAACGGUGAGGACGAAGUUGAUGGCGCUAAUGGUGAUAUUCAGUCCGGUCACCAUGGUGGCAACGAGUUUUUCCAGGUUCCAGCCCAUACUCCGCUCAUAUUUAGCGAGGUUGGCGGACGAACGUUGUAUCGACUGUUGGUGAAGGACGCUGGUGGUGAAACAGAGGGCCUGCUGCUCAACGAAACCGUGCCACAGUGGGUGGUGGACAAGAACCUGCCCAAGUUUAUAAAAAUUCCUUUCUUCCUGCAACCGCAUCCCUCCUCUGGCAUCAAAAGCGUUAAAAAAGAGCGCCUCAUUGCCAACGACUUCAUUCAGAUUCGCAAAGUGGCUGAGCAUGUGCUCGAGAAGGUGCUGAAUGCAGAUGUGCCAGCCCAAAACGGGCCUAACGGAUCUAGCGGCUCGGGCGCUGACCUUGGAGCAGCGUGUCAUUCUGACCCGUCGACGCCCCCCGAGGCGCGCGUAGAGUUGCUCUGCAACGACCAGCUGCUUGACCCCAACAUGGACCUUCGCACGGUCAAGUAUUACAUCUGGAAGUCCUCGUCGGACUUGGUGCUCCAUUAUCGACCCAUAAAGUGACUGAUUAAUUGCACUGACUCUGCGGAACGUGAUUUGUGAGUUCUGUGCUGCCACCAGCCACUGCUUUAUGAUUCUUUCAUACUGGACUGUCAGUUGGUCGUUAAUAUUCUUACUAAGUGAAAAGUUUUUUCAUUCCAGUCAGUCAUUAGUUUUUGAUAUUCUGCGAGUGUCUCUCAUAUCAAAGUGUGAGGGAAAAAUAAAACACGGUUGCUCGCUGAAUUUUAAGGAUGUUUAAAAAAUACCUUUUA